AUGGAGCAACAGGAAACACCGGAACCAGGUGUCAGUCGCCGUCCGGGAGUUUUGGAGCGCACCUCGGCAUCAACGAUGGAGCAGCAAGAACAAACGAAAGCAACCGCCACUCGUCCUGCAACAACUUCAGAACACACUUCCAACUCAACAACUAUGGAGGAAUCGAAUCUAGCGGAUGCAGGUUCCGAGAAACGGGAAAAGCCUCUACUGAUAACCUCAAGUUUGCUUGGGCUCCCUCCUUACGUUCUCGAUCCAGAAGAUCUCCCAGCAUCAUUCAACCCGUUUCCCGGCAAGGAGGGCAGCCAAUUUCGCCAGAUCGAGGAAGAUAUGCUGGUCAAAUACGGAACUCAUGUCUCCCUAGCUGAAGCCGAAGCUAUGGAAUAUGUACGUCGGCACACUUCCGUCGAAUGCCCAACAGUUCACGGCGCAUAUGUACUUGACGGCUGUGGAUAUAUCAUCAUGUCUUUCGAACAUGGCAAGCUGUUGCCCGAGUUCUGGCAAAAGGCUUCGGAGCAAGAGAAAGAGGCAGUCAUCGCUAAGUUGCAGCAAUACUUCAGCGAAUUGCGUAGCCUCAAAAGCGACUACGUGGGUGGGUUCAAUCGCAGCCCUUCGGUUAUGGGCGAGUUUGAGUGGGAUUUCCACAAGACCGACCACAAGUAUGGGCCUUAUCCCGACGAACAUGGAUUCAACGAAGGCAUUGUAGAUGCUCUGUCGCGAUCUAGCCCGUCACCCGAAAACACGGAUCCCGAGUCCCCAGGGUACAACAACAUGUAUGCUCUCCGGCAACUAGUUCACUCUCUUCGCAACCACGAGAUUGUCUUCACGCACGGCGACUUGAACGCCGGAAACAUUCUCAUACGGGAUGAUCUGACCGUGGUUAUCUUGGACUGGUACACGGCAGGCUUCUAUCCUGCUUACUGGGAAUGGUACAAGGCCACCUGGCACGGCGUGUUCACGCCCAGUUUCAUACGACAGCUCGAGCGGUUUGUCCCACCGUACUGGAUCGAGGCCGAAAUCAUGAAUCAGAUAUACAGCAAGAUCCUUGGAUAG